AAGUAUUCAAGAAAAAUUUCAAGUUGAUCAGUUCUGUAAUUUUACAAAAAAAUAUUUUUUAGGAUCGCGAUUCACUAUAAGAAGAUCCCGAGGCCAUAAGAUCCAUAUAAGAUCGUUACAGAAGAAUAUUGGGUUGGUUGAAUGAUGAUAUAGAUUAUAAAAAUACUCAAUCAAUAUUUUGGGAAAAUAAUUUGGUUGUUAACCAUCCAUUGAAAGGCGGAAAUGGAGGCUCUUAUUCCCGUAAUCAACAAACUGCAAGAUGUUUUCAACACAGUAGGAUCGGAUGCAAUUCAUUUGCCCCAAAUAAUUGUUCUUGGCUCACAGAGUUCAGGUAAAAGUUCUGUGAUUGAGAGCCUAGUUGGCAAAUCAUUUUUACCAAGGGGUGUAGGAAUUGUAACAAGAAGACCUCUCAUUCUCCAACUUGUUUAUUGUCCAAAAGAAGACAAAGAUCAUCGAAAUGCUAGGGAUGGAACUGUGGAACUUGAUGACUGGGGAGUAUUUUUACAUGCCAAAGAUAAAGUAUUCAGAAAUUUUGAAGAUAUUCGAAAAGAGAUUGAAGAUGAGACUGAGAAACUGGCCGGAAAUAACAAAGGCAUUUGCCCUGAGCCAAUUAAUUUGAAAAUUUACUCCACCAGAGUUGUGAAUUUAACUCUGGUAGAUUUACCUGGCAUAACGAAGGUUCCUGUGGGGGACCAACCACCAGAUAUUGAACAACAGAUACGAGAACUAGUACUGAAAUAUAUCGCAAAUCCUAACUCAAUUAUCUUAGCUGUUGUGACCGCAAAUACAGACAUGGCCACUUCAGAAAGUAUAGCAAUUGCCAGAGAUGUUGAUCCAGAUGGUUGUAGGACUCUGGCUGUUGUUACAAAAUUAGAUUUGAUGGAUGCAGGUACUGAUGCUAUUGAUAUAUUGUGUGGCAGAGUGAUACCUGUCAAAUUGGGUAUAAUCGGGGUUGUCAAUCGGUCUCAGGCCGAUAUAAUGAACAACAAGAGUAUUGCUGAUUCUCUGAAAGAUGAAACUCAAUUCCUACAAAGUAAAUACCCAGCCUUGGCUGGUAGAAAUGGUACUCCGUACUUAGCUAAAACAUUGAAUAGGUUGUUGAUGCACCAUAUCAGAGACUGCUUACCAGAUUUAAAGACUAGAGUUAACCUUAUGAUCUCACAAUACCAGUCUUUACUGAACUCUUAUGGAGAAGAUAUAUCUGAUAAGAGCAAAACCUUGCUGCAAAUAAUCACGAAAUUUGCAUCUGCUUACUGCUCGACUAUUGAAGGUACUGCCAGAAACAUUGAAACCACAGAGCUUUGUGGUGGCGCUAGGAUAUGCUAUAUAUUCCAUGAAACUUUCGGAAGAACGUUGGACUCUAUACAUCCACUGUCAGGUCUAACCAAGAUGGAUAUUCUGACAGCAAUAAGAAAUGCUAAUGGACCUCGACCAGCUCUGUUUGUUCCUGAAGUAUCCUUUGAAUUGCUAGUCAAAAGACAAAUCAGAAGACUGGAAGAACCCUCUUUGAGAUGUGUGGAGUUGAUUCAUGAAGAAAUGCAAAGAAUAAUCCAGCACUGCGGAAGUGAGGUACAGCAAGAAAUGUUGCGUUUCCCGAAACUCUACGAGAAAAUUGUCGAUGUCGUAACUCAGUUGUUGAGACGAAGAUUACCAACAACAAAUGAAAUGGUGGAAAAUCUUGUGGCCAUCGAGUUGGCGUAUAUAAAUACGAAACAUCCCGAUUUCUACAAGGAAGUAGCCAUGGUUCCGUCCAUGAUCAAAUCCGGCGAUGGUUCGUCUAGGGAGGGAUCUUCUAGGCCCGGUCGUCCGAAAAGUUUGUACGGUAAAUACCAGGAACCAGCGGAUCUGGUAAGUAAGAUCCAACAUAAACCAUCAGUUCCGAUUGAAGCAUCACAUGACCAAGCCGACUUCUUCAAUUAUCUCUUCCACAUAUUACCUGUUUCUAGCUAUAACGAUUUCAUGAAUGCAGUUCAGGCCAGAUCUUCAAGUAAUACCCAACUGAAUAACGAUGAAGCUAUUCCUUGGCAAUCGAACCCAAUCCAAAACGGCAAAGAAAAUGAUCACAAUGAAAUAAACAGCUUGCCAGAUAACCUGAAGAACGAGGUUGAUCUGAGAUCAGUUCUGAGUCCACUGAAACCAGUCAAUCUGCUACCACAAGUGCCAAUGAAUAGCAGCGGUUUCAGAAAAUUAUCGGAACACGAAGAGCACGACUGUGAAAUUAUAGAACGUUUGAUCAAAUCUUAUUUCUACAUAGUGAGAAAGUCUAUCCAGGACACUGCUCCUAAAGCCAUCAUGCAUUUUCUGGUGAAUUUCGUCAAAGAUAAUCUACAAUCCGAACUGGUGACGCACCUUUAUAAGGCGGACAAUGCUGAUCAAUUGCUCGACGAAUCUGAACAUAUAUCCCAGAGGCGUAAAGAGGCCGGAGAAAUGUUGAAGGCAUUGCAGAGGGCAUCCCACAUUAUUAGUGAAAUAAGAGAAACGCACAUGUGGUAAACCAAGAAACUUUAUUAGUAAUUUGAAAUUAGGCUCGAUAUUGAAGUGUCAUGUAACUAGUCAUGAUUUUUUUUGUUAAUUCAUACGUAUUGAAUAAGGCUCUCAUUGAUAUCAUUGUUCACAAAGUUCACAUCGCAAAAACACAUUAUUUGAUCGCUAAAUCGCAAAAAAGAACAAAAGUCUUGGUUGCAUUUAUUUUCAUAUGUUGUCAUAGUAGACGUAUGUCAGUGAUACAUUAUACUUCAAUUGAUUUUUCAACAGUUGAUAUUGUCUGAUAUAAUCUUGCGUGUAAAAUUCAUUUGAUUUAUUGAUUCAUUAAUCUGGAUCCGAUUUGUAAAACGAAUGCUUCUUUGAAAGUGCAUUUUCCAUAUCAUAUAAAAUUGCGAAACUCUCUUAUUUUCUGAAUCAUUGAAAUUCUAAUGAUAAUUAGUUGUUGUUAUUGCAAUUGGUUACACUGUUACACAUCAAUGACAUAUUCGGAUUUUUUUGAGAAAUUUGGAUUCUAGAGCAGAUUAUUGCUCUGGAAUUGAAGUGAAUUUGUUUCAGAUAUCGAAUCAAAUACAUUAAUAACAAGACAGUCGCCAUCUGCCUUAUUCUGUUGAAUAAAUGUUUUGUAAAUAGUAAUGUGAGCACCUAUUUGAAGUGAGCACUCGGGUGAUUAUUUUGACUAAGACAAAUAUUUCUUUUUCUAAUUGAUAUUUUGCAUCUAUAAAUAUUAUUGCAUUUCCUAGAAAUCCUAUACAACUAACGAUUUUGUUGAAGUUUUUGUUAAUGGAAGUAGGUAUAACAAUCCUGAAGUAGUCAUUCCUCUAUUUAUGAUAUUCAUUACCUUUACCGACUAUUUUAGUUAUCAAUGUUUCUCUCCAAAAAUAAAAGUUGAAAAUUU